CAUCCCAUCUGGAUCACGCUCACUCUCUCCCUUCUGCUUCCCUACCAUAGAGUUGCGCUGGAAACAGAAGAUAGAGGGAGUGUAGGAGCUCGCCAUCUCCAAGCGAUCUACAUUGGGAAAAACAUGGAGUCCGCUCCGGCAGCCCCCGAUCCAGCAGCCAGUGAGCCGGGCAGCAGCGUCUCCGAGGCGGCCGCCGGCGCCAGGGACACCCCGGUGAACCUGGAGCCUGCCCGGAAAAGCGAUGCGCCGGCUCCCGUCCGCAGGCAGAGCUACUCCAGCAGCAGCAGCAGCAGCAGAGGUAUUUCUGUAACGAAGAAGACUCACACAUCUCAAAUUGAAAUUAUUCCAUGCAAGAUCUGUGGAGACAAAUCAUCAGGAAUCCAUUAUGGUGUCAUUACAUGUGAAGGCUGCAAGGGCUUUUUCAGGAGGAGUCAGCAGAGCAAUGCCACGUACUCCUGUCCCCGGCAGAAGAACUGUCUGAUCGACCGCACCAGCCGCAACCGCUGCCAGCACUGCCGGCUGCAGAAAUGCCUUGCUGUGGGGAUGUCUCGGGAUGCUGUAAAGUUCGGCCGAAUGUCCAAAAAGCAGCGGGACAGCCUGUACGCCGAGGUGCAGAAACACCGACUGCAGCAGCAGCAGCGCGACCACCAGCAGCAGCCGGGAGAGGCAGAGCCGCUCACCCCCACUUACAAUAUCACCACCAACGGGCUCACAGAGCUGCACGACGACCUCAGUAAUUACAUUGAUGGGCAUACCCCUGAAGGUAGCAAAGCAGACUCUGCAGUUAGCAGCUUCUACUUAGACAUACAGCCUUCUCCAGAUCAGUCGGGUCUUGAUAUUAAUGGAAUCAAACCAGAACCAAUAUGUGACUACACACCAGCAUCGGGCUUCUUCCCUUAUUGUUCUUUUACAAAUGGGGAGACCUCUCCAACUGUGUCCAUGGCAGAAUUAGAACAUCUUGCACAGAAUAUUUCCAAGUCACACAUGGAAACUUGCCAGUACUUGAGAGAGGAGUUGCAGCAGAUAACAUGGCAAACUUUUCUGCAGGAAGAGAUCGAGAACUACCAGAACAAGCAGAGGGAGGUGAUGUGGCAGUUGUGCGCAGUCAAAAUCACAGAAGCUAUUCAGUACGUAGUGGAAUUUGCCAAGCGCAUUGAUGGCUUUAUGGAACUGUGUCAAAACGAUCAAAUUGUGCUGUUAAAAGCAGGGUCUUUAGAGGUUGUGUUCAUCAGAAUGUGCCGUGCCUUUGACUCUCAGAACAACACAGUCUACUUUGAUGGCAAGUAUGCUAGCCCAGAGGUUUUCAAGUCCUUAGGUUGUGAAGACUUCAUUAGUUUUGUGUUUGAAUUUGGAAAAAGUUUAUGUUCUAUGCACCUGACAGAAGAUGAAAUAGCUUUGUUUUCUGCGUUUGUUUUAAUGUCAGCAGAUCGCUCAUGGCUUCAGGAGAAAGUGAAAAUUGAAAAGCUCCAGCAGAAGAUCCAGCUGGCACUUCAGCAUGUCCUACAGAAGAACCACCGAGAGGAUGGGAUUCUAACAAAGUUAAUAUGCAAAGUGUCUACUUUAAGAGCACUGUGUGGACGACAUACAGAAAAGCUUAUGGCAUUUAAAGCAAUAUACCCAGACAUUGUGCGACUUCAUUUUCCUCCACUUUACAAGGAGUUGUUCACUUCAGAGUUUGAGCCAGCAAUGCAAAUUGAUGGGUAAACGUAUCACCUAAGCACUUCUAGAAUGUCUGAAGUACAAACAUUAAAACAAAAGAAAGGAAAAAAAAAGGAAAAAAAAAAAAGAAAGAAAACCAAGACACUUUAUAUGGCCCUGCACAGACCUAGGGAGCCAACACACUGCACAUCUCUUGGCGGUCGGGGUCAGGCGAAGGAUGGGAAACAAUGACACAAAGUUGAACUUGUUUUUCUCAUGCAUAUGAUUUCCAUUAUGCCUACAAAUAUGGACCCUUUUUCUGUCUCAGCUUCUCAAUCCUUGACCUCUGUUUACACAGACUGAGGGUACUAAUGUCAGAAGGUUGUUUUCUCCUGUAGUUCACUGCCCAGGCUUUUGACAGAACAAUCAAUUUGUUGAUCAGAACAGAGUCCACCCAAUAAUCAGCGACUGGUGUGAGGUGCAGAGAUUUCAGCAUCAGUUUGCACAACUUGCUCAUUGUUUCAUGAAGGACGAUUUUUUUCACCUACCACUGUUUGCCAGUAGACAGAACGGCAUGAAAAGGGUCCAUAGCAAUAGCAACAAUAGCAUUAUAAUAUAUUACAGGGUAAAUGGGCAUGAAGACUAUAUAUAGCAAAAGAGAUAUUGUUUAUAUAUUGUUUUAAUUAAUAUAAAAUGUAGUUACUGGUAUAGCUUUUCUUGUUGAAUUGAUAAGGCACUUUCAUUUUGCACCUUUUUUCUUUAAAUUAAAUGCUAGCGUGUUCAUUGUUGUGUUGCAUGUGCACCAGAAAUUCAAGUUUAACUGAAAAAGGUUUGGCAGGUACUGGUACAUUGGGAGGUAUUUAUGCUGCUGUUUUCCAUGUUACUUUUAAAGAGAGGCUGGUCAUAUCCUGAAAUGGUUACAGAUUUUUUUAAAGAGUUGAAAAUAAUGACAAUUUUCUACAUAAAAAUAAUCUUUCCAGAUGUUAAAUUCAAAGGUACUUUUAUUUUCACGUCUUUCAAACCUGGAUGUUUAAAAUCACAUGCCUAAAUUCAGAUUUAAGUGCACAAAUCAAAAGCCUCAUUGUCAAAGGUGCUGAGUUUCCACUGUCAGAGUCAAACCAAGCAAUUACAGCUCAUUUCCAAAUGAGUAACACAGCACCUCUGAAAAUCAGGCUGGUAAAUGGUGUGUUUGUGCCCACCGUAAAUCCAGGUUUGAAGAUACUUCCUCAAGUCUGUAUCUACAGUAAAAGUAUGUGUGUAUGACACGUAUGUGGAAAAGUAAUUUUGAUACAUAAUAUUCCAUACUUUUGCACUCCAUAUGGUAAACAAUGCCUUCAGACUCACACUCAGCAAAGCCCAGAGGAGGUUUGACUGCAGGGAGAUGAGAUGCUGACCCCUGUUCUUCCAGCAUCCAGCAGUUCAGCUCCAGGGAGCUGAUCAGAGAAGUCCAUUGCUCUCCUUAUUUAGAAAGAAGCACUUUAAAGUUUAGCAAAUGGGGACUAACAAAGGCACACUGUUGCUAGAAAGCAUUGGUUCAACUCUGUAUAAUGGCUGGAAAUCAUUAAUAUCAGAAAUCUGCAUUCUGUAAUUCUGAUUCCUGCACUGCAGAACCAACCAAUAGGCUGAAUCUUGCAGUCUUAUUAAUUACAUUCCCUCAAGGAAGAAUUCUGUCUCUGAGCAAAUCUGGCAGCAAACCCAGUGCUGAAGGAGGCAGAUCCACAGUAAACAACCUUACAGACUGAACUGUGGCUGUUCGAGCCAGAGGUGUGUAAUUGGGUUUGGAUGAGAUGGAGAUGCAUAACUGGAUGCCCUGUGGGCCUACACAGAGGAAGUUUCUGAUAAAGUACAAAAGAAAAAGCUGGGAACUUCAGAAAAGGAAAAGGAAUGAGACAGAAUGUGCUUUAGUUUCCAAGGGUCAACAAUCUCAUAGGUGUUACAGUUGUUGAGAUGUAACACGUGAGGAGAAGCACACUGGAGCUAAGGAGUUUAGAAAGGAGAAUGGGGUCACUGGGUUAUGAGUAGCAAAAUACAGGUUUAUUCUGUGAUUUGAACACGUUUCCUUUGGGGUCAAGUUGAGACCUUUAGCUGUGACCCCUGUUGAAGUGUGACAGUGUGGACAUCAGGGAAGCUCAGAGCUGUCACUGCUCUGCAGGGUUUGAGGGAGGGGGACAGGAGCAUCACUUUCCUCCCCAGGGCAGUGACCCCGAUGUGGGAGGGCAGCACCUGCAGCCCUGGGAGCACUGGGUGGAGUCAGGAGAGGGCUCCUGGGAAAAGCCCCAGAGCCGUCCUUUGCUGCUCCAUCCUGCUGCUCCUGGGGAGGGGGCUCAGCCCAGCCCAUGCCCUGCCCAUCCCACUGGAACGUCUGGAAUCAUUGUUUACUUUAUUGGAGUAACUGGCACGAUAUGGUACUUGCAUUCUAAUGUCGGUUCCUAUUUUUGAAGCAACCCUUUUAACUAACAAAUGUUUUCUGAAUGUGACCAGCCUUAGGUGCUAGUCCUGUAAAGAUCAACUAAACUUAAUCUCAGUGUCAACUAAUGAGUACUGAUGUAAGACCUGUACGUUGUUAGAGAGCAAAACACAACUCCUGCUUGUGACAAUAUGUAGAGUACCAGGUAAAAUAUAUGGGGAUUAAUUUUCAGUCACAUCCUUUCUCUUACCUUUUCCUGAUUAAUAUUAGUACUUGACCAGGCACCUUGGUGCCAGUGGUUUUGUUUGGAAUCUAGUUUGGCAUAUUUACACUCCUAAGUCAUUGACAACACCAUUUUUGGAGCAUUUACUAAUAAAAUACAUAACCAUAAAAGGUUUCAGACAGGGCCUUAGCUGACAGUGAUCUUCCAGGCCAGAAAGGGCUGUCAUUUUGCUGGUGGGAGCUCCUGUGCUGGCCCCUUGUUAAAUCAGGCUGUGCACACCCCCCCAGGUAACUCUGCUUUCCUGGUCCCAGGGAACAAGCACUUGGCAAAAGAGUGUAAUUCUUGCUUUGCUCUCCAUGGAGAGGGGAAGAAAGGGCUCCAGCCUGGCAGAGGUACUGAUGAGACAUCUGCCAAGGAGGCUUUUCUGAAAGGGUGGUGGCCGGUCAGAGGUGGCCCUGUGAGAACCAGCACAGCAGAGGAAGUGCAUCUGCCCAACCUCUGGGACCGGGGCUGGUGUCAGGUGGUCACCCUGAUACUCAGUUACAGAGCACACCUGAGGUCAGUGGAUAUUCAGGAGUAUUGUCACAAUCUGCCCAGUUCACUACAAAUAGAACACUAGGAUGGCUGAAGAUAAAGGAAUACAUUAGGGUGUAUGACCUGAUCCUCAGAGUCUGCCCAGAUGUUUUCAUUGGGUUAUAUCUACCCAUGGAGAUGUUUUCUGGCUUUCUAGAAGGAGACACUGCCCUGUCAUUGGAACCACCCUAAUGUGUGUCAUCCCCUCCAGCAUUGUUUGACAUUGAAAAACUAUGGGAUUAGGUAAAAAAGGGAGGCUGUUUUUAAGUUUGGUUGUUCUUUAUUAGCUUCUCUUAGUCUGGAUACCAAGAUAUCUGUGUAUGUGCACCUGUGUGUGUGUGAGAGAGUCCAUUGUGUGAGCACACGAGUGUUUGUGUGGGUCCGUGUGAGUGGCUGCUUCUAGGCUGUUCAGUGUCAAUGAAUAAAGAAAAUGUAUUCAAAAUACUUAAGUCAAAAUAGAAGGUGGAAAAAAGAUUUAUUCUAUACAAAGCCUUGUCUGGACCACUUUAGAGAGACUUCUAUUUUUUUAACCCUUCUAUAAAUGUUUGAUGGCACUUGAAAUAUUCCUGCAAUAAAAUGUGAUUUGUGUAAACAUUAAAAAAAAAAAGAUUUUGUAAUGUGAAACAAUGAAAGAAAGUAAUGUAAUUUUUCUAAAAAACAAAAAAAAACACAAACGAACGAACUUUGUAUUAUUUUCUUGAUGGAAUUUGUCUAUUUGUCUUUGGAAAACUUUUUAUUUCAUUGAAUGUGCCAUAGUAGAGGUGUGUUUCUCUUUUUCUUUCUUUUUUUGGUUGUUUUUACAUUUUAGAUUAAAGGAAUAGCUGUGUUCCGACAUUCCAAAAUGCAAGAUGACAUAGCAGUCACGAUUAAAAGGUUUGAUUAGUAAGCUUCAAUCAUUGUUGCUUUUUUUGCACAUGUUCUUCAUUCCUCUACAGUGCAAUAUGUACAUAGAGCACUUGCGGGUGUAACCUUGAUCCCUCAGGGAAAAAUACAUAUUUGUACAGGAUUUUUCUUUUUUUUGCCUUUUUUCUUUUAUUUCCUCUUUUUUUCUUUUUUUUCUUUUUCCUUUUUUUUUUGCUAAGGAAUGUCGAUUGAAUCACUUGUCUGUUGUUGAGGGGCAGCCAGAUAAUAAUCCUAAACCACUGUCACAAAACAUUGAUUGUUCAAAUUUUGUGCCCUUUUAUUAUUUAAAAAAAGAAAAAUAAAAGUUAUUUUCUGACAGUUCUUUGUGCUGAUUGGUGAGAAAAAGGGUAAAUAGAUAAGCACCUUAUGAUUGACUUAACUGUGAAUGACAAUCCAUCUCGUUUCCAACAAGAGAAGCCCUAUCAUUUUGGAGCUGGGGUUAUGAGGCAGAAACUAAUGUGCUCAGGGAUCUUCUAAAACUCUUCAACAGGGUGGCCAGUACUGCUGGUGGAACAAAUUGCUUUUUAAAAAAUCUGCUCGUAUUCCUUCCCUCCCCCUCCCCCCAGGCACAGGAGAACUGGAUAUUUUUGUUAGCUGUGUGUGCCUCGUUCUCUGAGUCACUUCUGCAGCACAGCUGCUUUUUGGUCGCUAUUUUGUUCAAGACAAAACUCCAAACGGCGCAAAGGCUUCGCAGUUACAUUUUAGGCAAUAAAAGCUGACCCACUAAAUAAAGGAUUGAAAUUAAUUUCAGUACCCUCUGGACGUUUUUAUAAUGACAGGACUAUUUUUCCAGCUGCAGUUCGGUGUUCUGCAACAGGAAAUGGCUUUGCAGUAUUUAAGUUGUCAAAGAAAACGGGUCAGUUGCUGGUAGUACAUUAGGAGUGAAAAGGUCAUGGUUAGGUGUCAGCAGUGGUGUCACAUAGAAAGGGACACAGAUCUGCAGGAUCAAACGUUGUCUGUCGUUGUUGCAGGUGUUUCAUGGUAAAGCAAAAGACCUGAGUGGAGAGAAACACUGAGGCUGAAGACACUGUCAUGUGUAGUACAGCAGAUACAGCCAUUCCCAGGGAUUUUGCAGUGGCACCAGCAGUGCCUGGGCAGUGUCCCAGUGCCAGGCUGCAGGAUGCUGGAAGCCUGGCCCAAUGAGCUGUGUUUGUGGCUUCACAAGAGCAGGUAACAACUGGGAGCAAAGGGAGCCAGACCUCGAGCCUUUGGUCACACUGGGGAGACAGGGACCUUCUCCAUCAAACCUGUCUGUCUGCUUGCAGAAAGCACCAGUUUUCCAGCAUCUUGGAGGGCUUUUCACGGGUAUUUGGCUUCCAGCUGUUUACUUUGCUUAGGAAACAGGGAAACAAGAGGCUUCCCAGCUGCCAGUGAGUUUAGCCUGGGAUGGCCUUCCCCAGCACUGCCCUCCUGAGCAGUUGGUGAGCUGCAGCUCCAGCAGGGAAUUCCUGCUGCUGAUCUCAACAGACCCCAUUCUUUCCGUGCUGGCACAUCAGUGAAACCUCCUCUUAGAAUGGACAAUCUGUCAGAUGUUUAACUGUGCAGUGGGAUGAGCCAAACAUUACAGUAUCUUUUUUUGGAUUGGCAUAGACAGUCCCCAGUCUGUACUGGAUGAACCGAACAGGUUAAAGGAUAAGCUGUUUGCAACCAAUGUGUGUUUUUUUCCCUAGACAUUCCUAAACUCCCCAAUGUAGAUAACCCUAUUAAUAUAAAUGGCAGAAACAGCAUUUACUAUACAGUAUCCAAAAAUAAUACGCAGUUUUCUCUUGAGUAUUCAGUUUAUGAAAUUCUACCUGUGCUAGUGAUUCAGAUUGCACAGAACACCUUUACUUUCCCUAGCUGGAGAAAUAUAACUAUUAGAAUUAUUUUUUCAUAAUUAAUACUAAUAUUUAUUACUUUAAAAGUUUCAUCCAUUAAUAUAUUUGAAUAUGAGCCUCCUAUUUGCUUUUUGCUUAACUAUUCCUGUCAGUAAAUCAUUUGGUGGAAAUGAGGGCACAUGCAUACAGAUACCAAAUACAAUAACAAAAAGUAAAGUUAUCAAAUGUAAAGGACUAUUUAUUUAAAAAUCCUUGCAGUAUUUGCUUUAACUCUAGUACUGUGAUAAUGGCUCGCUACAUAAUGCUCAGUCACUGGACUUGGGGGGGAAAUGUGUAACAUUUAGGAGAAUAUACAGUCUAUCUUUGGAACUUCAGGUACUAAAUAGAAUUUUAACAUCAAAACAGAAGCUGUAUUCUACCUUUUCCAUAUGUAGUGUUGCUGUUUGUAUUUUUUUUUUGCCUUUAUCAUUGGUAGAAUAUAGCAAUAACUUUAUAGCAAUAAGUAGGCUAUCCAAAUAGGAAACAAAACAUGAUAAAGGCUUCAGAUCAAUACUCAUGGGUUCACUUUUUCUGCCACAUGAUUCACUUGUAUGUCUUCCCUCAUCAUCUCAUUACUUCUCCAAGCUGAGCUUCACCAUCAAGUUGUCCAGCUUGAGGUGUGCCAUCCCCCCUCUGUUACAUGUUACAUGUGCAUGCUGUGGGUGUUCCCCCAUGCUGUGGGUAUUGUUUUGCCGUGUCAGUGUUUCUCAAGGGUUCUCAAAGCACGGGCUCGGGCGCUGUUUCUUCACAGGGCUCUCCCUUUGCUGGAGCUGUGGUCAGUGGCAGUCUCCUCACUGAGGGAGCCGAGCAGCUGUUCCUGGGAACUCUGGGCUGCUGCAAACGCUGGCAGCCCCCAGGCAGCUCCUGCAGCUGCCCCAGUGUGGGGCUGAGCUGCAUCUGCAGCUCCCUGGCAGUUGUUCCCUGUGCCAGCACAUCCCCUGCCCGUGCUGGAGCCCCGCUCUGCUCCCCCAGCGCAGGGUUCUCCCUCAGGGGCUCUGGGAAGGAUCUGAAAUCUCCCUCAGCGCAGGGUUCUCCCCUCAGGGGCUCUGGGAGGGAUCUGAAAUCUCCCUCAGCGCAGGGUUCUCCCCUCAGGGGCUCUGGGAAGGAUCUGAAAUCUCCCUCAGCGCAGGGUUCUCCCUCAGGGGCUCUGGGAGGGAUCUGAAGCUCUGGCAGUGCUCAGGUAACCAGCUGUGACUCCCUUUGAGAAACGCUAGGCCGGGUCACCCCGCAGUGUCAGUGUGGAGCCACAGCCCUUGCAGGACCUGGCAAUCUGUAAUCUCAUCUCUGCUAAGGCGGAGAGUUCCUAAGCAAUACAGUGAAUUGUAGUUCACAACAAGGCAAACGUACUGUACACCUUUGGAAAUCCAAACGCUCCUCAUUUCUACACUGAUUUCCAACAAGUCCCAGAACAGUGGUCAAUGUUUGAAGUAUUAGGACAUUAACUGGCUGCUUCUUUCUGUGUAACUGUAUUGUCUGCCUGCUCCUUUUCUGGAGAAGUGUUUUUGUAUUGGAUGUUUGGGCCAAUGGGAGGCUUCAAGCUACAAUGUAUUUUCCCAGAUUAAAUAUAUUUAACGUAUGACAAACCCCAGACAAGGCUUUUUAAAAUGUAUAAAGAACUGCAGUGUUAGGUGGUUUAUUUGCAAACUGUUUUCAAUGUUGUCCAUUUUUAUGGCACCUUUAACAAUAUUCUUGUUUCCAAAGUACAAAAAAAAAGGUUAAAAAUACUCUAGCCAUAACUGAAUGUCAAGCAAUAAAAACAAAUGACUUUUUGUGCAUAGAUUUAAAAGAAAUACAAGUUUUAGACAUCUGCAUGUAAAUGCAAUCUCUUGUUUACUGCUUUCUUAAACUUGAGCAACUGAUUCCUUAUUUUACUACUAAUUUAAGGACUUGUAAUGGCCUGUAAACAUUUUAUCUUGCUCUAUUCUUUCAACUCUAACUUUGUCUCUGCUUUGGAGUCAUAAUACUUAAUGUUGUUCUGCUCACCUCUAUACAGUUAACUUUUUGCUUUUGUUCUGUAUAGAUAAAGUUAUACUAUAAACAGCCUACACAGUGCAAAUAUUUAUCUGUUUAUCAAAUACCACAUUAUGCUGUAUAAUAUCUGUUUUACUAUAUAAUCUAUUUUAGACAUAGCUGUUUAGAACUAGAGUGUGCUAUUUUUGUGUUUUUCUGAUGUGUGGUGCUAGAUAAGUUACUUUUGUGAACAAAAACAAACAAACCCCUUUUAUUCCUAGACAAUACCACCUUUGGGUCUUGUUAAUUUCACUGAGUAUAACUAUAUAUAAAUAUAUAUAUUUGUGUAUAUAUAUAUAUACACCAACAUAUGCCCAACAAGUACCUGUAUCAGAGUACAAGAUUUGGGACAUGGUUUUCUCUUUAAAUGCAUAGUGUCAUUAUAUAAAUUAUUCUAUAGUAUAUUUAAUAAGGAGAAAAUUACUUCACCGGUACAGAUACUUGAUAUCAAAUGUAGAAUUUUUUUUUCUACAUUAUUAACAUUAUUAAUUAUUAACGUUAUUAAAAAUGUUCUGUCCAACUUGUUAUCCUUUCGGUUACUAAAAGAGUCUGCCUGCAUUGUAUCAAACCCAAGACAAACACCUGCCGUGCCAGUCCAGAGCAGUGGCAGGUGCUGGCUGUGUGGAAGGGAGGAGGUGCUGUGGAGUUGCCCCAGGGCUGUAGCUGCUCUCUGCUGGGUGCCCUCCUCCUGCUCCUGGGAGUGGCAGCUGAACACGCUCCCACUGCCACUGCGCGGGGUGUGCCCGGGCCAGGCCUGCUCUGAGCUGCAGGGGCUGCAAUAGGAACGCUCUGGAACUCUUCCAUACACAUGCAUGGCUCAGUUCCUCCUUGGAUGUGCUUUAGAACCAGGCAGCAUAUCCAGGGACAGCCAGUAGCAACUAAAGUUCAUUAAGAAGUGGAAUUUGCAACGUUUUGUCAGGUAUGGGGGUUUUGUUUCUCUUUUUUCAUGUAUACCUUAAUUUACGUAGCCAUGUACCCUUCAAAGUACUCCUGUCCCCCGUUCCCUUCAUUCUAGAUAUUGUUUUCAUGUUCAUUCUUAAAAACUGAUGGAUAUCAAAUAUCUAACUAAGGAGGUAAUUAACCUUUUAAAUAUUUAUUAGAAUUUUUCUGUAAUAUUACUGAAUUUAUAAGAUCUUUAGCAAAGAUUUUUGAGCAAUUUAUUAAUAACAAUGUUUCUGUUUACUGCACUUUUUGAUAAUAGAAGGUAGUGAAUUUUAAAGCCAUGGUUCUUGGCUUCCAUGCACUGCUUUUAUACCCUCAAUCCAAGGAAUAUAUAUAUAUAAAUAAUUUUUUUUAAACAGCAAACAUACUGUUGACCUAAAAACAAAUACAAACUUUACUGCACCGUGGGUAUAUUUUCAUAAGUGGAAUGUUUAACUGCAAACACUAUCAGGACAAUUAUAAAAACCUCUUGAAGCUACAAUCUUAUUUAAAUAUAAGCCAUGACAAUUUUAUUUUCCCUUGUUGAUUUAAGUCACCUUUUGAUAUUUUCAAAGAGAAAAGGACUCACUCUUAAAUUUGUACGUUCCAACCUCCAGCUAAUGCCAGGAACACGUUCCCCCAUUGUCCGAACAGUUUGAUAUAUUUAUGCAAAACCGUUUGGGUAACAUUUGUCCUCCCUCUUUACUAAAUAUUCAGUGUACCAACGCCAGAAUCAAUGCUGAUUACAAACACACAUCAGAUUGAAGAUUAAGCACACAGACUUAAAAAACCUCGUUGAGUGAAACGCUCAGAUUUCUGUAAAUACACACAGGCUGAAAUGCAAUGAUACUGUACAUGUAAAUAUGUGCUGUCUGUUAUGUGUACAGUAUGUAUAAAUUCCUUUUCUAGCCACAAUCAAGUGUAAGCCAUCAAGAGGAAUACUAAAGUGGUAUUGUACUAAACCUUUGCUAAUGAUCUUUACCCAGUCACUUCACUUGUCCCCCUCAUGGACCUUUCCAGCUCACUCCUACAAUAGCCUGCUUAUAUUCGAGUUUGUUAUUUUACUCGGUCCCGAAAAAAGUAUUUUGAUUCAUUUUGUAAAUAUGACUGUAAAAAUAAGAGAUUUAAUGUUGUCUUUUAAAUACUCCAAUUUUCAUUCUAAUAUGAAUGUUGUUAUAUUGUACUUAGAAACUGUACCUUUAAUAUUACAUUACCUUUAUUAAGUGCAUUGAACACAUCGAUUUUAGAUGUGCUUUAUGUACUGUUAUCCUGUAAUAAAACUUCAGCUUCUAAUGGAAAAA